AUGAUCUUAAGCCAGCUUUCCGGAGAAGCCUUGUUUGCUCGGAAAGACAUUACCAUAGCACCACCUUUCCCCCAAUAUUAUCCUCUGACAUGGUAUGAGAAUGGCAUCACCAGUUUGGAAGAUGUAAUAGCCAAACACAAGGAACUCAAACAACAGGGUGUACUGUUAUCGGAGGUUGUUGCCAUGAUGAGCGGAUUGAGUGUGCUGGAUGGUUUGGAGAUGCCGAAGGAAACUUCGGAGUUAGUGCAAAUGUUAGAAGAGUUCCAAAUUGUUGAGAAGGAAGGUGGUUUGGUGGAUGAACAAGAUGAAGAUGAUGAUGAUAAUCAUCAAGAACAAGUUCAGCCAAACGGUGGUGGUGGUGGUGGUGCUUAUAUAACUGAUAAUCGCAGUUUUGGUGGUCAUAUAGUUUGA